AUGAGAUGUUGUGUGAGUGUCGGUGAGGUGGUCAGUGACAGGGGAGGGCAUCGGCAUCGUCAGACGGUGUGCGCCCACAUCGCUCCAGCCUGUGGUCCUGAGGACGGCGAGCCCCCCCUCCCGAGGGCCUGCACAUGGCGAGUGAACACCUCCCUCACCACCCCCACUCCCUUCACCUGA